CGCGUGCGCAGUUGGAUUUGUUUACCGCAUAUCUAUAGACAGAGAUAAAAAAUGGGUGGUAACUAUUCUGCCAUGGAGCCCAUGGACAUUCCCGUUCCGAACUUACCGAAAUUGUUCGAACGGGAUGCUUAUUUGAAACCAUACGAACGUGAAAUUCGUCGUAGAUAUGGAUGUUUCAAGGACCUCUGGGAUAAAAUUGAGUCUUGGGAAGGAGGAUUGGAGGGUUUCACAACCGGUUAUAAGUACUACGGUCCACAAUACAAUAGUGAUGGGUCGGUGACCUGGCGGGAGUGGGCUCCGGGUGCUCAUUCUUUACAUCUUCAGGGAGAAUUUAAUGGAUGGAAUUCAAAGAGUCAUCCAUUCAAGAAAUUAGAAUACGGCAAGUGGGAGCUUUUUAUCUCCGCCAACCCUGACGGGUCGUGCCCUCUGAAACACAACACACGGGUUCAGAUUAUCGUCAACGAUAAUUUGUACCGUGUGUCACCGUGGGCCAGCUAUGUGAAGCCUUUUGAAAGCGUUACCUAUCAGCAGUUUAUUUAUAAACCAGACAACCCGUAUCAAUUCAGAAAUCCCAAAGUACAGAGGCCAAAAUCACUCCGUAUUUAUGAAUCACACGUGGGUAUCGCCACGCCCGAAGGAAAAGUCGGUACUUACAACGAAUUCAGGGAUAAUGUACUGCCGAGAAUAAAAAAACAAGGAUAUAAUGCAAUACAACUCAUGGCGAUUAUGGAACACGCGUAUUACGCGUCUUUCGGCUAUCAAAUUACCAGUUUCUUUGCUACAAGCAGUCGCUACGGUACACCGUGUGAGCUAAAACAGCUGAUAGACCGAGCCCACGAGCUGGGUUUGUACGUGUUACUGGAUAUCGUACACUCUCACGCCUCCAAGAACACACUUGACGGGUUGAACGAGUUUGAUGGCACCAGCUCAUGUUAUUUCCACGAUGGACCAAGAGGCACACAUGCACUGUGGGACAGCAGACUGUUUAACUAUUCUGAGCCGGAAGUUUUAAGAUUCCUGCUCUCUAAUUUAAGAUGGUAUCAAGAAGAAUAUCAAUUCGAUGGCUUCAGGUUUGAUGGCGUAACUUCGAUGCUGUACCACAGUCGUGGCAUUGGCGAAGGUUUCUCAGGCCAAUACGACGAGUACUACGGCCUCAAUGUAGAUACAGAGGCUCUUGUAUAUCUCAUGUUGGCUAACGAGAUUGUACACAAAAUUGAUAGCAAUGCUAUUACUAUUGCAGAGGACGUAUCAGGCAUGCCAGCAACUUGUCGGCCAGUGGACGAAGGUGGUAGCGGAUUUGAUUACCGGCUGGGCAUGGCGAUUCCGGACAUGUGGAUAAAGUUGUUGAAGGAGGAGCGUGAUGAGGACUGGAAGGUGGGGCAUAUAGUGCACACCCUCACCAACAGACGCUGGAUGGAAGGGACUGUCGCGUACGCUGAAAGUCACGAUCAGGCUUUGGUGGGAGAUAAAACGAUUGCGUUCUGGCUGAUGGAUGCUGCUAUGUAUACACACAUGAGCACGUUGAGUGAGUCGAGCCCAGUUGUUGGGCGCGGGAUGGCCCUACAUUGUAUGAUUAGACUAAUCACACACGCACUUGGUGGUGAAGCGUAUCUUAACUUCAUAGGCAAUGAAUUCGGUCAUCCGGAAUGGCUGGACUUCCCGCGUGCAGGCAACAAUUCAUCGUACCACUACGCGCGCCGACAAUGGAACCUAGUGGACGACCAACUUCUCAAGUACAAGUACCUGAACGAAUUCGAUAGAGACAUGAACACUGUCGAAGAGAAAUAUGGUUGGCUUAGCUCAAAUCCGGCGUACGUGUCAUGUAAACACGAGGGCGACAAGUUGGUAGCUUUCGAGCGCGCCGGCCUCUUGUUCGUGUUUAACUUCCAUACUCACCAGAGCUUCACUGACUACAGGGUCGGCGUUAACGAACCAGGGAAGUACCAAGCCGUGCUGUGUUCAGACAGUAAGAGAUAUGGUGGUUUUGGACGCGUCGAACCAAACGGCGAAAAACACAUCACGCAGGGUGUACCAUGGGGCAACAGAAAGGAUUCUAUUCAAGUAUACAUCCCUUGCCGCACCGCGAUAAUUUAUGCACAGACAUAAUUAUACAUUAUUGAUGUUCCUUUUAU